UUAGUUUUAAAUAAAAUUGGAAUGUCUUUUUACUUCUUUCAGUUUUCAAGUAACGUUAGUUUCAGUAUGUAACAUAAAUGGAUUUUAUAUAGUUUAUAUUUGAUUUCUGUUCUUUAAUAUUUGUUGAUGACAGUUCAUCAAAUAUACGAUUUUAAACAUGGUAUUGCACCUAUGAUUUAUUCUAUAAGUUAUGUCUAGAAUACGGGGAAUAGAAGCUAAAGUCCAAAAAGAAAUAGAAGAAAACCUGGAGAACAGAAGAAAUAAAUAUAAGGAAGUCAUUAAAAAGAAGAAUGACAUAUGCACUAAAGUGGAUAGCGAAAAGUUACAAAUUGUCGAAUUGUUGUACAAACUGCCGAAGUUGGAUAAGAUAUUCGACGUGCACCGUAAGAUAGGAGAGGGCACGUUCAGCUCGGUGUACCUGGGUUCACUGAAACAACAUGCCCAGCUGCCUGACGACCAGAAGCGAUGGUUUGCGAUCAAACACCUUGUUCCAACCGCACACCCUGCCCGUAUAGAACAUGAACUAAGAUGCCUCCAAGAUAUAGGGGGCAAGGAUUACGUGAUUGGUGUAGAUCUGUGCCUUAGACAUCUGGAUACUAUAGUUUUUGUAAUGCCAUAUAUACCUCAUAGAAAAUUUUCUGAAUAUGUGGGGGAUAUGGAUGCCGACGAGGUCCGAUGUUAUAUGAGGGCCCUCCUGGUGGCGUUGCGCCAUGUGCACUCUUUUGGAGUCAUACACAGAGAUGUCAAACCUAGCAACUUCCUCUAUGACAGGGAGAACAGAAGGUACUUACUGGUUGAUUUUGGUCUGGCGCAGCGUGUGGUGUCCGACGGGCCCUCGCCACCCGUCCCUCCUCCAGCACACGCCAACAGUCUCAAGAGGCCCAGGGAAGAGGUCGCUACCAUCUCUGUUAAAUGUGUUAUAGAUGAGAAUAUCCAGAGUGAGAAGAGGUUCGCCCUGGACCUGUCCACUCGGUCUCGGAGCACCAGCAGCGCCGCUCAGUCGCCUAAAAAAGUCUCGUUGCCGAAGGUGCAAAUAUCUAAACAGAAAUUACCCAAAGUAUCACCCGGCGUCUGCUCUUGCUCGAACGCGGGCAGCGUCUGCUCCCCGUGCGGAGCCCGGGCCGCGGCACGAGCACCCCGCGCCGGCACUCAGGGCUUUAGACCUCCAGAGGUGCUGCUCAAGAGCCCGCGCCAGGGUCCCGCCGUGGACACGUGGGCGGCCGGCGUGGUGCUCGCCAGCAUGUUGACCGCGCGCUACCCUUUCUUCCGCGCUUCCGACGACGCGUCAGCUCUGGCGGAGCUGGCCGACCUACUGGGCACACUCCCCCUGCAGCGAACCGCGGCCUCACUAGGUCGUCGUAUGGUGACGUCUCAGCCUCGUCGCGGCCUGUGUCUCCGUAAGUUGGCCGCUCGUCUCCGCGGAGGCGCUCCCCCCGGGCCGCCUCCCCCCGCCCUCCCGGCCUGUGAACAUUGCCACCUGCCCCUCCCUCACUGCCUCUGCAGGGAUGAGACGGUGAAGGCGACCAGCAUCACACCCAACCUGACGAUCGCCGGGUUCCCCGACGAAGCGUUUUCCCUGGCGGCGAGACUCCUGGAUCCCGACCCUCGAGCUCGCGCCACCGCUCAAGACGCGCUGACACACCCGUUCCUCGCCGACUGACGGCAUUCACCGUGGAUAUAUUUUUACUCAGGAAUGUUACUUUUAUAGAGAUAUGGUGUGAAUGUUUAUUCAGGUUUUAUAUACAACAAGGAGCCGGCUGUGAGACAAUUUAGGAAAAGUAUAUCCAAAUGUACCCUAUUUUUCUACAUUGCCAUUUACAGAGUUGGAGAACUGUAUUUGCUGUCUCUAUGAACUUAUUGUAACUGUAUUUAUAAUGUGUAACUUUGUAUUUAUAAUGUCACUGACUGAAACGUUUUUGGUCUCCUGAUUGAGCCUCCAUACCAUGUUUGAUAAUAUAAUGAGUUUGUUUGUCUUUAGUGUCAUAGGAGCGCCCCAGAGUGAAUGUAGCAUUCACUCGUUUGUUGUUAAUUAGUUCUAAAGUGGAUCUCAGAGGUAACUCAAGGUUGUUAGUACAAAAUGGUAGCUCGUCCUGUAAGACUCCAGCGGCAUGGAUAGUGUUGUAGGGCCGAGUGUUCAAUAAUAGUCUUCCUCUUUGUCUCCUCAAAGUGACGGCCCUACUCUGAAGCACAAAAAAUGGCUUUGUUUUUAAUCAACUGAAUAGUUUCUAAUUUGCUUAGUUUUAUAUAAAGAUACGUGUUGUAUGUUAUUUACCAAGUGAAAACCAAAGUGCCUUCACCGUGUGUUCAUUCACAGAUAACGUUGCCGUCUUGUUACUGUAUUCCUUAAUAUAUGUUAGCUAAUAUUAUUAGUAAUGGUUUCAUUUCCACCAAAAACAAUCAUGUAUUAAGUAAACAUAAUUUAUUAUAAAAAAUUUAAAUGCAGUUUUUAUAUUAAAAAAAGACUAAAUCA